AUGGCCGAGUUUGACGACACGAGUUUAUUCCAGGAGGAUGAUCACAGGGUAGCAUACAUGUUUACUGCACCACCGAUCACCACUGCCGCAACAAAUGCAUCGCCAACUACCACAACAAAAUCUGCGCCAGGUCGGCCGGCGAAAAGGAGGAGGGUGUCGGAAAAGGAUACCGCUGCUCCUCUUCCUGCCCAGGAAAAAGAUGAUGAUGAAGGGCGUCAGUGGCCCAGAUUGUUCAACGGCCUCGAGUCCCCCUCGGCGGCCGACCUCCGAAAAAAGACCUACGAGUCUACCUGGCCGGUUUUGGAGAGCGAGAUUGAGAGUGUGCUGAGGGAUGCGAACCGUCAGACUCUGGAGGAGGUUGUCGAGUUUUUGAACAGUGAUGUUCAUGAAUGUGAGGGGAGGGGGAGGGUUCCGGCUGGGUUUAUCAUCACGGGACCUAAUAUUGCGGGCCAGGAUUUGCUGUUUUCGCAGUUGGGGGAUGUGUUGGCUGAACGGGGGGAGGGGAGGGGGAGGUUUGUACGGUUGAGGGCGGGGGAGGUGGGGAAUUUGAAGGGGGGGUUGAAGAGGAUUGUUAGGGAGGGGAUGGGAGGUCAGGAAGGGGGAGGGGGGGAGGAUGGGAGGAUGAGAGGGGGAGGGAGGAGGUAUUUGGAUUAUGAUCUUGAGGCGUUGAGGGUGGAGAUGGAGGGGAGGGGAGGGGGGAGGGUGGUGGUUGCUUUUCAGGAUAGUGAGGCUUUUGAUACGGGGUUGGUGGGGGAGUUGGUUGGGUUGUUUCAUUCAUGGCAGGAUCGGAUUCAGUUUUCGGUGUUGUUUGGGAUUGCUACUUCGGUUGAGCUUUUCCAGGCGAGGCUGCUCAAGACGACGGCGAGGCAGCUAUACGGGGCGCAGUUUGAUGUUGUGCAGGCUAAUGCUGUGCUUGAGAGCGUGAUCAUGGCUGCGGUGGCGGGGACGAAGGCACAACUGAGGAUCGGGCCGGGGUUGUUGAGGAAGUUGGUGAGAAGGCAGCAGGAGCAGGUUGCGGGGGUGGGAGCUUUUGUUAGCUCGCUCAAGUAUGCGUACAUGAACCACUUCUACGCCAAUCCGCUAAGCGCUCUACUUGUCGACGGUCAGAAGCUGGACAAGGAAAUUCUACAGUCGGAACACCUCGAGGCAGUGAGGAUGCUGGAGUCGUUCAAGUCACAUGUGGAACAGUCUGUCGAGGACGGACGGCUGGAUCACGCGCGAUUGUUGCUGGAGAAUGAUGACUAUCUCAAGGGUAGAAUCAACAGGCAGGCCGCCAAACGACAGCAAUAUCUAGGAAAGCUUCUUCAGUCGUUGGCCUUGGUUAUUGCUACUGAGCAUUCGAAGAGGUCGUUUGUUGAGCUCUACGAGGCAGCUCUGGACGAAGGGAUUUCCCUGGAUCAGUCGCCUGGACCAUUCGACCUGGGCGAUGCCAUCAAACGGUCAACUCCAGAGGAGCUCAUUGGUCUCAUCAAACGCGUGAUGACCGUCAUCGUAGAUGGCAACCCAUCUCUUCACUGGAAUGGCAUGGGCAUCGGUCAGGACGCCGAAGCCGCGAUCGAUAAAUUUGAAGCGCUCCGCGCAGAUGUGGAACGACUGAUAGAGACGUCCAAGAAGAAGAAAACCAGCCUCAAGAGCAAAUACAGCUCUCAAAGCAGAGUCCUCCGCACAACCGUUGUUGCGCAGAAAGUUCAGCUCAGUCGCGACACAGCCACGCUGACGGAGGAAGACAAUGCUUUUACAGCAGCCAUCGAUGACUUUUUCGCCUUCUUCAAGACUCUAGUGGGCUGCGAACCACUGUCAAACCUGUUUCUCAACGAGGUUUGGCAGUACGACUAUCACCUGCCCUACGAAGACGUCUUUGUUCCCCGGCCGGGUGCCACGUUUGCCCGCGCAUUGUCUCGCCCGCAUGACUACCUUGGUUGUGCUUGUUGCGACAAGGCGAAUGGCUCAAUGGUGGGGACGCUGCCUGCUACGUCUAUUUUGUACCAUCUGUACUCCGAGGCGGGCGCGUCAAUCAACGUUGCGGACUUGUGGGCGGCGUACUAUGCGCUCGUGGGCGAGGACUCGGAGAUCGGGAUGGACGAGAGGUCGGCGCUCGUGCUGUUCUACCAGGGGCUGGCGGAGAUGAGAGCCAUGGGAUUCGUGAAGCAGAGCAAGAAGAAGGCCGAUCACAUUGCCAAGUUGAAGUGGUUGUGA